AUAAAAAACAUUCAACGAAGCCAUGUGCCGAAGUCAGUGGCGGACGCGGAGCCCUCUCUCUCUCACCAGACAACACGUUUGUCUCCCACUGUAAACCAAAAAUCCAAAAUUCCGAGCCAUGGCUGUGGCGACCAUGAAGAUCGUGUUCGGCCUGCUAACACUCGUCACAGUCGGAAUGAUUAUAGGUGCUUUGUUUCAAUUAGCAUUCAUACGAAGGUUGGAAGAUUCCUAUGAGGUUCCAUCGUUUAGAAGAUUGCAGGGACAUCAGAAUGAUGGCUAUCUUCACCUGCCCAGAGGUAUUCCCCUCUGGGAUAAUGACAAGGAAGCAAGAAUUUUACGUCUUGGAUUUGUCAAACCUGAAAUAAUGAGCUGGUCACCUCGAAUAAUUUUACUUCAUAAUUUUUUGAGCAAUGAGGAAUGUGACUAUCUUAGAGCUAUAGCCCUCCCCCGACUUCAAAUUUCUACUGUAGUGGAUACGAAAACUGGGAAGGGAAUUAAAAGUGAUGUUAGGACUAGCUCUGGUAUGUUUUUGAGUCCUGAAGAAAAGAAGUAUCCAAUGAUACAGGCAAUUGAAAAACGAAUAUCUAUCUAUUCUCAAGUACCAGUAGAAAAUGGUGAGCUCAUACAAGUGUUAAGGUAUGAGAAGACUCAGUUUUACAAACCCCACCAUGACUACUUUUCUGAUACUUUCAAUGUGAAGCGAGGUGGUCAGCGAAUAGCAACAAUCCUCAUGUAUUUAAGUGACAAUGUUGAAGGAGGAGAAACAUAUUUCCCUUUGGCUGGUACGGGUGAGUGUAGCUGUGGUGGGAAGAUGGUUAAAGGGUUGUCUGUUAAACCGAUUAAAGGAGAUGCAGUACUUUUUUGGAGCAUGGGUCUAGAUGGACAGUCAGAUCCAAGUAGCAUACAUGGAGGAUGUGAGGUGCUAGCUGGGGAAAAGUGGUCGGCUACAAAAUGGAUGAGGCAGAGAUCUGCAAAUUGAUUUUUAUAGCUUUUACCCAUCUCUCCGAAAUUCAGAAAAGGGCUUCUUCCUCUUCAUGGGCUUUUCGUCCUGACAUAUUAACCCCCUUAUUUCAAUGACUGGUGACUGAAUAAUUUGUAAGAAUGCAAGUAUCAAAUACGCAAACAAAUUAUUAGGCAAGUUGAGUUGAGAACCUUGUGUUGACACCCUUUGUGUACUGAAGAGAUUGGUCUUCCUCCACUGUCAGCGGCGUCCCGCAUAGGGGCAGCCAUUCUAGUUUAUGAUAACAGCAAGGACCGAUUCAUAUUUACAACUAUAGUUGUAUGUAUAAAGUACAUCAGGCUGACGACAUGAAGAAAAGUAAGGAUUUAAGAUGAAUAAAAGAGUGGGGACGUCUAAACAAAA